AUUACAUAACCUCCUAUCUACCUAUUACCUCUUACUAUGUAUAUCUUUGCUUUUCUUUAUCCACUAGGUUACGUAGGACCAUGAAUACAUACUCUAAACUACCUAUCAUGUACAAAUACUAUGUACAAAUCAUAACCCCUCAAUGUCCGAAGAAGGCCGAUCCGGGGUGCGGAGUUAGCCCUUCCCCUCUCCGCUCAUAGGUAUUCAAUGUUAUGCUUAUGCUUUUACAAUCAACCUGUACAAAAAUACCCUGAUAAGCAACCUACAUACAUCAAUAGUAAUCAGGACUUGCAGGAUAUUCAUACCGUGAUCAGUCUUCCAGACGAAUAAGCUACAUCACCAUGGCCGAAAAGACUGCUGUCCUUACGGAUAAGGCGCCAAAGCCCUUGGCCGGAAUCUAUAGCCAGGCCAUAAAAGCCAACGGUUUCGUCUUCGUUUCCGGGGCCGUUCCCAUGGACGCCACGACGGGGAAGAUCGUCGACGGUGAUAUCCAAGCUCACACUCACCAAUGUAUCAAGAACCUUGGUGCCAUCCUUGAAGCGUCUGGCUCCGACCUUAACAAGGUUGUGAAAGUCAACGUCUUCCUCUCCGACAUGGACAACUUCGCGGCUAUGAACGAGAUCUACAGCCAGUAUUGGGGUGAAGUAAAGCCGUGCAGGACGUGAGUAAUAAUCUAUUAAGCUACACCGUUAAGCUACACCCGAAGAGAUCAUCGCCCACCGCAGUAGCUGACUGUUCAUAGUUGCGUCGCGGUAAAGACGCUACCACUAAACGUGGACGUUGAGAUUGAGUGCACCGCAACCUACUGAGCGAGGAUUAUUGCCAUGGCAAAAGAUUAAGUGCUGAGCGUACCACACGUAUCGCAUGGAUGAGAAAUAACAUACCUGUAACCGUGUAAGG